AUGCCUUCUGGCUUUCCCUUCGCAUACGUGUGUAACCUCCUGCAGCGGUGCGAGGACAACGCUAAACAAUGCGGCCCGAAGACGAACCAUCAAUUCAUCAAGGAAUGGCUCGCAAGUCACAAGAGGCGAAUAACCGCUGACCAUGUCGAUCUUUCCGCCCUCAUUUCUACACUUUUGCCCACAAAACGCCCAGAUCGAGUCUAUUCUAUACAGAUCAAGAGACUCACCAGCAUCGUCGCACGUGCUCAUCACCUUGGACGCACUCGCGUCCUGCAACUCGAAGCCUGGCAGCAACCAGGUAGCGGAAAGGACUUUGCAGAGUGUGUACGGGAUGUACUCAGCGAUACGCCCAACACCUGCACUGCACCACUGAUCACCGUCGAAGAAGUCGACGAGAUACUCCAUUGCAUAGCUGCUCGGUCUCGCUUUAGCUCACCAAAAGUACAAUCAUAUCUACCCACUUCCGGUAGGACUGACGAGUGUCAUGUUCGGUUGCAGCAGCUUUACAACCGCCUGGAACCCAACCAGGCCAAAUGGCUUACUCGCUUGGUCCUCAAAGACUGGUCACCCGUAGAUCUGAACCCAACUCACAUCCUCAAGGGCCUCGAUCCGCUGCUCCCCGUGCUUCUCAAGAUUUACGACGAUGUACCUACCGCCGUCAGUCGCCUCACGCAGCAACGUGGCGCGCGGGGAGUCACGACGUAUGACGACAGCACCGGCACGGCGAUUGCAAGUCUGGCAGCUCGCUUCAAGCCGACGCUUGGCGUCAAAGUGGCAAGACAAGACUGGAUCAAGGGCCGCAGCAUCAAGCAUUGCAUGCAGAUGGGCCGUGGACGCAUGAGCGUCGAAAAGAAGAUGGACGGCGAAUACUGUCAGGUCCACAUCGAUCUCUCCAAAGGCCCCAACUGCAUACAGAUAUUCUCCAAGAGCGGCAAGGACAGCACAAUCGACCGUGUCAACUUGCAUCCUGCCAUCAGGGCGUCUCUGCAGAUCGGGGGGACAAAACCUUGCCGUAUCAAAACAGGAUGCAUUCUUGAAGGAGAGCUUGUAGUGUACAGCGAAAAGGAGGGCACGAUUCUUCCGUUUGAGAAGAUCAGAAAGCACGUUUCCCGGGCUGGAACCUACUUUCAUAGGUCCGACGAUGACUCGCAGGCCCAUCCCUGGGAGCGACUUAUGAUUGUCUACUACGACGUGUUGAUGAUAGAUGACGAGUCCCUGCUGGGGGUGCGGCACUCCGACAGGUUCAAGAGACUCGAGCAACUAAUCUCCUGCAGUCCUGGCGUGGCUGCUAUUGUCCAGCGCCAAGUCAUCGACUUUGAUCAAAGCAGCCAUGCAGCCUCGGAUCUACGACGCGUCUUUGCUCAGUGCAUCACAUCACACGAAGAGGGCCUGGUCCUCAAGGCUGACGACCCUUAUUUUGACUUUGGCGACAUGCGCAAGAUGUACUACUGCUGCGCCAUCAAGCUCAAGAAGGAGUACGUCGGCAACUUUGGCGACGUUGGCGACUUUGCCAUCGUUGGGGCCAGAUACGACCCCGUCAAGGCCAAGGACUACGACAUGCCCAACCUCAGAUGGACGCAUUUUUACGUCGGCUGCUUGACCAACAAAGACAAGGUGCAGCAGAUGGAAGAGCAUCCACGCUUUGUCGUAGUCAACGUCGUGGAGCUCAACAAGACGCAGAUGGAGUAUUUUGCAAAAUACGUCAGCCCUGACUACGCCUCGAUAGAGGAUGCUCCAGAUUCAGCACCGCUUCUACACUUUGAGCGCGGAAUCGACAACGGGAAGCGCCCAUCCAUCGCCUUUCCUCAGCCGCCUGUUUUUGACCUCCGUUGCUUCUCCUUUACCCGGGACGCCAACGUCGGAAAGCAUUACACGAUGCGGUUCCCAAUGGUCAGCAAAAUUCACUGUGAUCGCACCUGGCGCGAAGCCGUCACUCUGGAUGAGCUGCAGAAGAUGGCCAAGAGGGAGUUGGAUUCUGCUCAACCCGACGAUAGUCAAGAGCUCCAAGAGUGGAUCGCUAGGCUGGAGAAUGCAGAUCCAGGUAGGGCCAUAGGUAUCAGCCAGGAGUCGGGGAUGACACGUCAGACGACAUCACAGGAGAGCCUUGGCUCGGAUUUGUGUGCAUUGGAUGCUCUGGCUGCACGGGUCAGUCCUCGACCUGUUCCGACCGGCGACUCUUCCAAGCAGACGCCUGGACGUGCGGCGACGGCUUGCAAGCUUGGCACACCACCCGUCAUCGACCUGACUAUGUCACCUCCAAAGAAGGCUGUGCUAAAGCGCAGGAGUACGGUACCAGAUACCCGCUCCUCCAAGACCCGUCGCCUGGAACAGAUCGACUUGAAUCUCUGCAGCGAUACGGCUGCGACAUCUCACAGGGCUGCCGAGGACGUCAUCAGCUGUUCCGAGGAUGCCAAUGUUGAGGCAGAUCCAAAAGUGCACGCCGGUGAUUCGGUCAUCUUGUCGUCGUUUUCAGCUGACGGCGACGCCGGGCUGCCAAGUGCACCGGGCCAAGAUGGACAGGGGACCAGCAAGGCCGGGAAAUGUAAAUAUCACGGCAAAGACUGUGCAUUCAAGGGCUGGGUGUUCCUCCUAUCCCCCUGCGUGGCCGGAUUCCCCUGGGUGACAGACGACCUCCUAGGCGGACACGGCGUGCACAAGUUCGAGACGGACGUGGCAGCAUGGAAUGGAUUCCUGGAAGCAGAAGACAUGGCCAUCGCGGCCGCGCGAGACAGACAAGAACGCCCGAGGCUCACCAAAAAGAUGAUCAUCGUCGACGGGCGGCGCAGGGAGGCUACCCAAGACUUUCUGAUGAAGAUUGAGAUGCGGCGCGAGGAGCGGCGGGAAAGGUACGGCAGGGCGGGCCUUGCCGAGGUCUUUGACUGGCGGGUCCUCGAGGUGGUCAUGGACCGGGAGCGGUUGACUGCGAGUGGGAAAGGGGAGCGGAGGGGAUCGCGACUGGACAAGGAGAGGUGCGAAUACGAGUUUAGGGACAAGAUCUGGAGGAAGCAUUACGUGGGGCUUGUUUGA